CACAUGACAAUUACAUACUUGGGACGCCACUGAAAGGGUUAAAGAAAGACUUUGACUGUUAGAAUUGUAUGACCUUCAUGAGAUCCAGAUUCCACAAGGCUUACAAUGACACGUCAUGCAAAGAAUGCAACAGCCAGUCAGGUGUACACAUACCAUGAGAAGAAGAAAGAUGCUCAAGCAUCUGGGUAUGGGAGUCAAUCUAUGCGCUUUGGGAAAGAGAGCAUUAAGGAUUUUGAUUGCUGCUGCCUUACACUUCAGCCUUGCAGGAAGCCUGUAGUCACGCCAGAAGGAUACCUUUAUGACAAGGAGAGCAUCUUGGAGUAUAUUCUCAAGAAGAAACGAGAGAUUGCUCGUCAGCUCAAGGAAUACGAAAAGCAAAAGGCCAAUAAUGAGGUGGACAGUAGACAGAAGGGCAUGGAAGUAUCACAGGAGGUGGUAAGAGAGAUCUCAACCAAAGAAGGCAUCAUUGCUCAGAAAAAAGGGGAGCCUGGCAUGAGCCAGUCAGUCUCAAACAUGGCUGUGGGAAAAAGUUCUCAGCUGCCUAGCUUCUGGAUUCCUCAACUCACGCCUUCAGCAAAAGCAGGGAAGAUGAAAAAACCGGUAGAAGAAACUGGAUGUGUCAGUCUUCAUUAUACAUUUUCUGCCAAAGAGCCAAUUAUGGGGAAAUCAGAGGGAGAUCAAAUUAUUAAUCCAGAUGCCAUGGCAAAUGGUAGUAUUCCCCUUUCUCCCCAUGCAGAAGCUAGCAAGCUGCUUGAAGCUGCACUACAGCAGAUGGAUGGCAUUAUUGCAGGUACCCGAUCAGAGCUGGUUUAUUCAGAGCCGGGACCCCAGGGAGCCAGUACAUCGAUCCUCCAUGCGGCGGAGUUGCUGAAAAAGGCACUUGAGCAAGUUCCCGACUCAGAAUGGUGGCGUUCCCCCGUGGAUCUUCCCACUAGGGACAUUUUCCUUCGAUGGAUUUCCGCUGCAUCACCUGCUUCUUCCUCUCCCUCUUCCGACCAUACUCAUCUGGAUACCUCUUCCCAUAUGUCUGACUGUCUUGGCCUCUUUUUGGACUUGACUCCGUCGAGAGACGUGCUGCUGCUGUUUGCUUCGGCAUUGCCAAGCUACGCUUCCCCCUCCGUCCCCUUCGCCAUGCGGAGCCUUAUUCCUUCCCGCCUCCAUGUCAUUCCAUUCCGUCUCGUUCUGGAGUGUCGCUUCUAG